AUAAAAAAAAGAUUCCUCAAACAGCCUAGUUAUAAAUUAGAGGCCGGCCAUGCUUUAAGAACAUAUAUAUGCUACGUACGUAAAGAGUGAAAUGGAAAAUAAUAUGGAUCAUCAUCAGCAAACUAGACGAAGCACCAAGUCUCAACAUAGGCCUAAGGGUGGCCUUAUCACAAUGCCCUUCAUCUUUGCAAAUGAAGUGUGUGAGAAGUUGGCAGUGGUAGGAUUUCAGACGAAUAUGAUAAGCUAUUUAACUGAACAGCUUCAUAUGCCAUUAACCAAAGCUGCAAACACUCUUACUAACUUUGGAGGCACCGGAAGCUUGACGCCAUUACUUGGUGCCUUUAUUGCCGACUCCUUUGCCGGAAAAUUUUGGACUAUAACCAUUGCUUCCAUCAUCUACCAAUUAGGCAUGAUAAGCUUGACAACAUCAGCAAUAGUACCAAAGUUAAGGCCACCUCCUGGGGAAGAAGCAAGUGGAGGACAACUUGCAAUUUUGUACGUAUCCAUCUAUCUAGCAGCAUUAGGUUCGGGUGGGAUCCGACCCUGUGUAGUGGCAUUCGGGGCGGAACAGUUUGACGAGUCGGAUCCAAAGCAGAAGAAUAGCACAUGGAAGUAUUUCAAUUGGUACUAUUUUUCCAUGGGAGUAUCAAUGUUAGUGGCUGUCACGGUUUUGGUUUAUAUCCAAGAAAAUAUAGGGUGGGGAGUAGGCCUUGGCAUACCAACUUGUUUAAUGGUCCUCUCUAUUACUAGUUUUAUUUUUGGAUACCGCCUUUACCGACAUUUGGAUCCAUCUGGGAGCCCGUUUACCCGGCUUGUUCAAGUAUGUGUAGCUGCCUACAAGAAGAGGAAAUUGGAUAUGGUAAAUGACCCUUGGUUGCUCUAUGAGAAUGAGGUGCUUGAUGCCCCUAUUUCUUUUGCUGGCAACCUCAUUCACACCAAACAUAUCAAAUUUCUUGACAAGGCAGCUAUAGUAACGGAAGAAGACAACCCAAAGGCACCAAAUCUGUGGAGGCUAAACACAGUUCAUAGAGUAGAAGAACUGAAAUCGAUAAUUCGAAUGGGACCGAUAUGGGGUGCUGGGAUAAUUCUAAUCACAGCUUAUGCACAACAAAGCACAUUUUCCCUCCAACAAGCUAAAACUAUGGACAGACAUAUAAGUAAAUCCUUUGAAAUACCAGCAGGUUCAAUGUCUUUCUUUACCAUUUCAUCCAUGCUAACAACAGUCGCUAUCUAUGAUCGUCUUCUUAUCCCAAUAGCCCGUAGAUUUACAGGCCUUGAUCGCGGUAUAUCUUUCUUACACCGUAUGGGAAUAGGGUUUGUUAUCUCCAUAUUGGCUACUUUUGUUGCUGGUUUUGUUGAACAAAAACGAAAACAUGUAGCAAUUGUUCAUGGUUUAGUUGAUGAUCCCCACGCCAUCAUUCCUAUUUCGUUUCUUUGGCUUGUUCCUCAAUACGGCCUUCAUGGUAUGGCUGAGGCAUUUAUGUCGAUUGGUCACCUAGAGUUCUUCUAUGAUCAAGCACCAGAAAGCAUGAAGAGCACUGCAAUGGCUUUGUUUUGGACAGCGAUUUCUCUUGGGAAUUACUUGAGCACCUUAAUGGUUACAAUGGUGCACAAGUAUACAGCCGCCAAAGACGGGUCCAAUUGGUUGCCGGAUAAUAACCUCAACAAGGGGAAAUUGGACUACUUCUAUUGGUUGAUCACUUUCAUGCAAGUCUUGAAUUUCAUCUACUAUUUCAUUUGUGCCAAGUAUUACACUUUUAAGCCUGUUGAGCUGCAAAUGAAGGAUACUGAUAAUCAAAACAAGAAUCACUUUGAACUUGUCACUACUCCCCUCUAAGUAGAUCUAUGUACGUACUAUAUUGUUCUUACUAAUGUUAAAGAAUAAGAUAUAUCCUCACAUAAUUAUACUGUAAUUUCAGUUGCAUGUGUAACUUCAGAUGUUUGGAGCUACUUAAUUUCUGAUGUUUUCA